AUGGGACAUAUUAACAAAUCAACAGAGACCAUGUCAAACACGAGAGGUUUAGAUACUGAAAUGGCUGAUCAUCAUAAAACCAAACAGAGCUGCCAACAUGCAAUCGACGAGAAGAACUCCAAGGAGAACAUCGAGAUCACCAUUUCCUCAGCUAACGAAUUAUCGUCCCUUGAAAGCGACCAAUUAGCCAAAAACCCAUUUUUAGAUCCCAAGGUUGCCGAAUAUUACGAUACAAUGUAUCGAACUUCAAACUAUGAAAGUUACUCCGCCUUUGAUCCCUAUUUUGAGUGGGACCCAAAAGAGGAAAAGAAACUCAUUGGUAAAUUGAAUUACCGUGUUGCUUUGACAGCCUGCUUUAUGUUUAUUGCCCUUCAAGUCGAUAGAGGCAACUUGAGUAACGCAACAAGUGACAACUUUUUAGAUGAUUUGGGGUUGACAACAAAUGAUUACAACGCAGGCAACACCAUCUUUAGAGUUGCAUUCUUGUUGGCAGAGAUCCCUUCCCAAUUAAUUUCAAAGGCUUUAGGACCAGAUAUUUUCAUUCCAAUUCAGAUUUGCGCUUGGAGUAUUGUCGCCAUGUGCCAAGCUGCUUUGUCAGGCAAAACAUCAUUUUUUGUCACCAGGUUAUUGAUUGGUGCCAUAGAAGGUGGUUUCAUUGCAGAUUUGGUGUUAUGGUUGAGCUACUUCUUUACAGGGAAAGAGUUGCCAGUUAGAUUAUCUUGGUUUUGGACAACUUUGUCAUUGGUGGAUAUAUUUAACUCCUUAGCUGCCUUUGGAAUUUUAAGAAUGAGAGGGAUGGCCGGUAUGGCUGGUUGGAGAUGGCUAUUUUUGCUUGAAGGUGCCUUUACGUUACUAAUUGGUAUAUUUUCCUUCUACUUGAUGGUCCCCUCAGCAGUGCAAACUAAAAAUUGGAUGCAUCCUAAAGGUUGGUUCACUGACCGUGAAGUGAAAAUUGUUGUCAACAGAAUUUUGAGAGAUGAUCCCACAAAAGGAUCCAUGCAUAACAGACAAGGUUUGACAGUCAGACAAAUUAUCAAGAGCUUUCGUGACGUCGACAUCUUUCCCCUUAUGGCAAUAGGACUAAUCAAUUUUAUUGGAUCUUCUACGUUUGGGUCUUACUUCGCUCUAUUGAACCGUCAAAUGGGGUUUUCAACCUUCGACACGAACUUAUUAAUGAUCCCACCUAAGGUGUUGCAUAUAGGCUUUUUGCUAUUGAUUACCUGGCUUUCAGAAUUUAUCAACGAAAGAUCCGGUGUCUGUCUUAUUGCUCCACUCUACUCGGCCACAAUAAUGGCUGUGAUUAGAUGGUGGCCCGGGUCGGGCAAACAAGUGUGGCCCACAUAUGUCCUCAACACUUUGUAUUCCGGACAGCCAUAUAUUCAUGCCAUUCUAGUUGCGUGGGUUUCAAGAAAUUCCAAUGGAGUUAGAACAAGGUCUAUUAGUUCUGCUUUAUACAAUAUGUCGGUCCAGUUGAGUAGCAUCAUUGGUCAGAAUGUGUACCGGAAAGAUGAUUUGCCCUUAUAUAAAAGAGGAAAUAUGCAAUUGUUCUUUGUUGAAAUGGCCACAAUACCAAUAAUAAUGUUGACUAAAGGGUACUAUAUGUUUAAGAACCAACGAAGAGAAAAAUUAUGGAAUGCAAUGUCUGAGGAGGAAAAGGAUGACUAUCGCAAGAAUAGCAAAGUUGAAGGAGCCAGAAGGUUAGACUUUCGGUUUGCUCAUUAG